AUGGAACAUGAGGCCGAUGAGUCUCAGAAGAGCCUCCACGCUCCCAGCUCCACGCUUCACGCUCCACGGUGGCGAAGUUCCCUGGUCUCCCUCAUUCGAGACAUGACUGUCACUCUUCUGCAACUUCCACCGGACCACUGCAAAAUCUCUAUUGCCAACGAAACGAAUGAAACUGCGUCUUCCAUUGGAAGAACAACGAUGGCAUCAACUGAGGAGGAAACAAGGGCUGUGAGUCUGAUUGCAAAGAGAUUCAAGAUUUCCGAGGAAGGGCCACCACCGCCCAAUGACAACAAUCAAGGGCUGACAUGGCGAGGAGAUCCCAACCAAACCUACAGCGAUUGGAAGAUCAUUGUGGACGAGCCUACUCAAGCAGCCACUUACCAUGUCCACAAGGGCAUUCUGACUUGUGGAAGUACAAAGAGUGAGUAUUUCACCAGGCUAUUCCAAAACACUUCCAACUUUUGGGAAGGGAAGUCAUGCACUACCCAAUUAGAGCUAGACCCAGUGGUAGCAACUGCAUUUCCUACUCUCUUGGACUACCUCUAUGACGAGUACAAGUCACUCCAGAUUGAUACAAAGACUGCCACUGCAUUGUACUACCUUGGAGAAUACUUGGACAUUCACUCCCUACGCUGGGAUGCAUUGCAGUUCUGCAAGAAGAAUGUCUCCUUGGACAAGGUUGACAUCUACUAUGAGCAUGCCAUGAUAUUCCAAAAUGAGAACAUCCUGUGUAUCCUAGCCAAGUUCUUGGGACAAAAUAUCCUGCACAUCAGCCCAGAAGCUGAAAUCCUGCGAAUCUCCAGCCCAGAUUUGUGGGUCAAUGCAUUGGAGCAGAGCCCCAAGACUCCAGAGACUAGUAGGCACAUUAGCAAGCUCAUGGCCAGGUUUGUUCAGCACAAUCCUGAUGCCUUGGAUCUGGAAACAUUCCAGGCUUUAACAUGCCUUGAAAUCACUCCACAGAUUGAAUGGGAUGCUGCCCUCACCUUGUGUGCACUAGAAGCCAAGGCUGGAAUUCAUUCCACAGAGCAACUAUCCAAGCUUCAGGAGCGGUGCUCUGAUUCUUUGGCACAGAACUGGGAGUCCUUGGUGUUGACAGAUGACACUACCACCAAGCUAUUGCAGGACCGGAAAGCUGCCUUUUUGGUGGAUCUUCUGUUGAAAUCAUUGAAGGAUGCCAACUCAAAGCUCACAAAGUGUCAGGCUUCUCUAUCAUCGACACAAGACGAACUCAAGAAAUUUAGACCCUUCAGCUCCAAGAGUGGCGGAUGGCGAGAUCCGCGGGCAGUACCUGACUCGCUUUGCAAUGUAAACCCAAGCUUGCGGGGAAAGUCAACAUAUCAGUAUUGCCCCUAUGGCAGAUCCUUUCCCCAUUGUAUUUUCCUCUAUGAUGAAUUCGAAGAUGAAGAGUACUAA